AUGUUGAAAAUUGGAUGCGUUCUACCGUUUAAUACAAAUUUAUCAGAUACUGCUUCGCUUUCGUAUAAAAGGACGACGAGACACCUUCAAAGCCAGUUCGAAACCAACAGUAUCCAGUCCAACAUCUCAAGAAAAGGAAGCAAACACAGCGGAAGAGCAGCUAAUAUGUAUUACUGGAAUUUUCCACUUCUAGUAUUACUUUGUAUUUUGAAUCCGAUAAAAUCUGAACAAUACCUUGCCGAUGGAAGAAACUACGAAUCAUUGAACUCGAUCUUGCCUGAUACUAGAAUUUGGGAACGCAGAAAUACUCGUCCCGAGGUUUCCACCGACCGUAUUCGGGAAUUAAAGCAUUUUCGAGAAGAUGGAAGAAAUUUUAAUUCGCCAGCGAGAAAUUCCCAAGUGAAUCGCCAAAUCGGAAUAGAUGGAAGUCGAUUUGAUUUAUCUCAAACUUUUGAUGGUCGUGUAGCUGGCCCACAACAAAGACGUAGCCGUACAAAUAUCCGCCAGAUACAGGCUGAGAGAAAUCAUUAUAAUCGACUAGCAAGGGCCACUCAAGCUCGACCCUUGUCCACAGAAAGAUUUGAAAACCGAAACAGAAUUACACGCAAUAUCAGAAACGUAGAUGUUGUUACAAUUGAGUCCCGUACCGAUGAAUCGGUGAUUCGAAGAUCUUUGCGUACAACACAAGAACGGGAUUCUAUUAAUAUAGCACGAAGACCGACUAGCGAAAUAAGACAAGGAACCGCUCGACGAUCAGACGACCGUGAAACAGUCCGUGAAAAUCGAAAUCUUGGUAAGAGACAAAUUUCGAACGAAAGAAGAGAACGUGUAGCAAAUAGAAGGACAUUAACAACACAACCUAACUCUGAAAGAGAAACAUCAAUUUCAUGUUUAAGAGACUACUUUCAGAGAGUCAGAGAAAUAAGUGAUCAAGGUAACCAAAGGAUUUAUGCACAUUCAAUGACUAGACUAAACGAAGUAGAUUCAAGAAACUCACCUGCAAUGAAUGGUAUCGAGUUGAGCCGGGAAAGACUAGAAAUUAGAAGGACAAGAGAUGAAUCAAGGCACAUUGAAAGAAGGCUUUUUACUAGCCGAUUUUCCAGUGAUAAUGAACGUCGACAAAACGCUAUCUAUGUAGGCACAUCUAGAUCUAAAAGUCUUCCAGAAAAUAAUAGACGCAGUGUACCUUUUAUCCAACGCCGAAUAACCAAUGAGAGGAACGAUGUAAGAAAUGUUGACAGGCGCAGCUUUCGAGCUGUAAGAGAAUCUACUGAACUGAGAUUGACUAUGGAAAGAGAUAUCGUUGAACGGCGGACAGUAAGAAGCGAUCGGUCCCGUGAAAGGCAUUCUGCACGGGAAAAUCAAGGUAUGGAACGCGAUCUUUCUCUGAAUUACGAACGUUCAGAACGCAGAGAGGGUAGAAUCAAGAAACAACAAAAUACUGAACGAAUUGAACUAAGACAAACUGGCAGGCGAGAAAUCAAUGAAAAUCAGCGGGUAGUUCGCGAACAACGUGAUAACGCCCUGAGUUCAACGGAUAGAAGAGCUAUCAGAUUGACUACGAAGAGAUUGAGAGUUGAUAUAACGACCAGGGUUGCUAGACAGGACAAGAACGAUGCAAGACAUACUUCUAGACGUUUAAGUGUAUUGCGUCAACAAUCUCCUUCAAGAAACGCAAGAACCACUAGGGAAAAUAGAGAGGAUGGCAGGAGGAAUGUUGUUGACAGGAGUUCAGCAGAAAUACGAGAUAUAAGGAUCGGGCAUACCGAAAACAAGGAAUUUAGACUUAUCACAAGUCGAUUACAAUCAGAAAGGUCUGACAAAAAUACGAAUAGAAUAAUAGAAAGAGCCGCACAAAACUUAAAUGAAAGACUAGAGGAGAGGAACCAUAAUUCUCUUAGACAGCGUGUGAGGACCUCUAGGGAAAGACAAAUUUCAGCCAAUGAUGACCGAAAUACUUUAAGAUUGUCCUCAAGAAUCGAUCAUGUACGAAGUGCACGAACUUCAAAAGACAACACCAUUAUCUACGACCAGUCGAGGACGAUGCUUAUUUCCAGUGACAAAACUGAAAGUUCCUUACCCAAUUGUUGGUCACUUAUUUUAUACACCCUACAAGCGAUUUACAUAUGCCACUUGAUCUUAAAGGUCAGGAAUGAAAAAGGAUCUAGUAAAAAGUUAUGGACCUCAAGCUGGCUCUCCUUCCCUAGCAUCAAAGUGGACUAA